AUGAUUCCUGGACUGCGACUGGUGUUGGUAUUCAGUCGCCUGGUAAUUCACAGUGACGACAUUCGUGAUCGUGACGAGUCGUCGGCAACAUUUUCCUCGUCGACGUUGACCAUCUUGUAUCUAGAGAGAAUGUUGAACAACGUGAUUUAUUCUUCAGUCCGCCACAGUCUUGAGAAAUUUAUAAGAAGAAAUUGGGCCAUGAAAAACAUUCGCGUUUGGGCCAUCCUGCUAAUAUUGAAAUUAGCGUUAAGAACGGGUGAUACACACUCUCCGAGCAAGAAAUAUCGCUUGACGUACCUGGAUCCUGACGAGACGCGUCAAAUUCUCCGCGAGGAUGGACAGCGGGCUGAUGAACAAGUUUUCGAAGUUUUCUGCUUCAGCGGAUUUCGAUCUGUUGCUCCACAGCAUAUUUUUACGUCGGUUAAGUUUCGACUAGACACGAGUGAUCGAAAUUUUGCGACCUUCUUUGGUCCGAAUGACACUUCUGUAGCCGAAGAAUUUGAUGCAGAAAAGAGUAAAUGGCUUCCCACUCCAAAAGUCUUCGAAUGGGGACCACCGUACAACAUGCGGCUCUAUCAACAUGCAUGUAUCGGCAUCUACAGUCGCCGUCCUUACGUGGUUCAACUUAUCCAUCAACAUGUGGAUUUUCUUCGGCUUUUGGGAUUCCUGAUCGGUCUCGGUAUAUUUUGGAAAGCGAGGAUGCUUUGCGUCAAUGUUUUAGUUUACUAUGGUUCGGGAAUGCUCAUUGGCAUUGUUUGUUCUAUGAUUGUGCUUGUGUUCAUUCUCGGAAGGAAGAUUCCACGGAAAUCGUUGGCAAUGACUGUGAUGGUCGGAGGAUGGUCCAUUGCGUUGUACUUGCUGAAUUUGGCGAGAGACAACUUCGUUUCGUUGGUGUCAGCCUACAGUGUGAUGUUCGGUGGCUACUGCGCUGCUUGCGCUUUGUUGAGCUUCUUUCUGAUGUAUCGUUAUCAGCCGAUGCGUCAUCCGAGAUCCAUUGACAUUUUAGAAUGGUUACUGCAGUUUGUUGGAGCCGUGUUGAUUUUUGCGUGUUCAGAGGUGAAAGAGUUCACGUUCCUUACUAUUUGCUUGCUGAUUGGCUGUCGAUACAUCCCACAAAAGCUGUGUGAUGCAUUUGCUGAACGUUUGCAAGGAUUCAGGUAUCGGUUUGCGUUCUUUCGUCCAGCUCCUCGGUAUUUGACCGAGCAGGAAUAUAUCGAACAAGGAUACAUAGAAACCAGGCGCGAACUUGAUGAAUUGAGAAAAUUCUGCUCCAGUCCACAAUGCAACGCUUGGAAAACUGUAAACCGUCUCAAGGAUCCCAAAAGGUUCGCUGAAUUCAUCGACGGAGGACACCAUAUCAAGGAUGACGAAAUCCUCGCGUAUGAUACUUUCGAGUCCAAGACCCCGAUGUCAGAUGAUGAUGAGGAUGAAGAGAAUUUGGAAACAGAACUCACGGCCCCUACAACAUCACGAACAUCGUCAACGGGUGCAAUGUCAGCAACGCCGAUCAGAAGCCGCUUUGGUGCAUCUUCUUCUCGACACUCGAUUCAUCCCGUUUCGAGAGGAGUACUCAAAAGUUCUCGCGAAACUGGAUUGUCCGAAAGUGAUAACGACAGUUCUUUCGACCAAAACGUCACAAAUGGGAACAGUAAUCGUUAUUAUGAAGCGUUCACCCGGUGAUCGCAAGAACUACGAAAUACGAAGAUUAUUUCCCCUUUUUUUUCGUUUCCACGUCGUGGGAUAUUUGUGAUAACUGUGAAAAUGAGCCCUAUCCCUCAGAUCUACUUUUUGUACGUUUGUAUUGACUAGUACUGUUCACAAUGUCAUUACUUGCCGCGACUCGCCGUAGUGUGUAGUCUAUGUUAGAGAACGUUAGCAGC